AUGAACAGAGAGUUUCGCCUCCUGCUCAAAGCAAGAGAUGCAGCCUUCAGGUCUGGAAAGCGGGAGGCUUACAGCUCAGCCAGAGCCAACCUGAGGAAGGACUGGCUCUCCUGUUUCAUCGAUCCCACUGUGGUGGUCUUCUGUGCCGCCCGGUUGGCCCUCUGCCUCGACCGCAUGGAUAUGGUGGUCUUCUGCACCGCCCUGGUGGACUUCUAUCUCGACUGCACGGAUGUGGAGAUGGUCACUGAAGGUUCAUUUUACCUUUAUGAUGCACUGAAUCAAAAGGCGAACAUAAGAAUUGAUAAUGCUAACCCAGCAUACGGUGUUGAGCCUUAUACUAAUCAGUAUGGAGAAUGUGGAGCUGAGGGAGAGUUCAUUCAUUUCACCCCAGAAUACCUCCUUAAUGAUACUUUUAUUCAGCUGUAUGGACCAAAAGGAAGGGUCUUUGUGCAUGAAUGGGCUCAUCUGAGAUGGGGAGUAUAUGAUGAAUUCAAUGGACAAAAGCCAUUUUACCAUUCUAAUGGCCGUAUUGAAGCUACAAGGUGUAGCAAAAACAUUGGAGGUCAGUUUUAUGAAGUUACUGCCGGCGGAUCUCUUCAACAGUGCCACAUUGAUCCAGCAUCUUCAUUACCUACCAAGGGGUGUAUGUUUUUUCCAAACAGAAAUCAAAUCACAAAUAGCUCCAUUAUGUUCUUACCGGGUCUGGAUCCUGUGACUGCAUUUUGUCAAGAAGAUGAGCACAAUUAUGAAGCUCCAAAUAUGCAAAACAAAAAAUGUGGCAAAGCAACAUGGACUGUAAUAUUUGAGGAUUCUGUGGAUAAAGACGUACUUCGUUCUCUGGAACCACUGAAGUCCCGUCCACCACCACCAUCUUUCAAACUUGUGCAGCGAAAGCAACGGGUCGUUUGCCUCAUCCUUGAUGUCUCAGGAAGCAUGGGAGGCUCUAGGAUUCUUCAACUUCAACAGGCUGCCACACAUUUCCUGCGGAACAUCAUUGAGGAUCAAGCCAGUGUUGGAAUUGUACAGUUUAGUACUAAGGCUUCUACUCUGAGAAACUUGACUACUAUUGACAGUGACACCACAAGAGAAAAUCUGAUCAAAUUACUGCCAAAAUUAGCAGCUGGAUCGACAAACAUGUGCUUGGGCCUUAGUCAAGGCUUACAGGUACUUCGAGAGGACAAUGGGGAUGCAUUAGGAGAUGAAAUCAUCUUUCUGACAGAUGGUCAGGCAACGGACAGAAUUGCUGAUUGUGUUCCAUCUGCAAUACAAAGCGGUGCCAUUAUACACACACUAGCUUUUGGCAAUAGUGCAUCUUAUGUACUGACAGAAAUGGCAAACAAAACUGGGGGUAAAUUUUUAUCAUCCAAUGAUGACACCACAUCUAACCAGUUAAUGGAUGCAUUUGCUUCAAUUACAUUAUCAACUGGAGAUUACACAAACGAACCAGUUCAGCUAGAGAGUAUUGGAGCAAGAACAUCUAAUUGGUUCAAUGGGACAGUAUCAGUGGAUCAGACUGUUGGAAACAAAACCAGCUUUGUAAUAAUCUAUGGAAUAAGUUCUCCUAGCAUUUACAUACAGUCACCAAGUGGCUUAAUCUACACUCAGACAAAUAUGAGUCAUGAUGGAUCUCUGAAAACAGUCUUUUUAAAAGUUCCAGGAACUGCAGAGCAUGGGGACUGGAAGUUCAGUAUCCAAACUGCAGUACUUCAGGCUUUGACGCUAACAGUAACGAGUCAAGCAGCACAAGCUGAUGUUCCUCCUAUCAUUGUCAAAACCCACAUGAACCAACAGUUCAGUGACGGCACUAAACCCAUGAUAGUGUUUGCUGAGGUUAGUCAGAAUUACAGGCCUGUAAUAAAUGCUGAAGUGUCGGCUACACUGGAGUCGGAAACUGGGUCUCCACAAACAUUACAACUGCUGGACAAUGGAGCGGGAGCUGAUGCUAUCAAAGAUGAUGGAAUCUAUUCCAGAUAUUAUAUAAAUAUGGUAAAUGGGAGAAGCCGCUUGAAAGUAAGAGUAAAGAAUCAAGAUGGACAGACCAGAUUUGCUGUCCUAUAUGUCCCUGGAUGUGUGUUAAAUGGAGUAUUGCCACUGCACCCUCCAAAGCCUCCAGUUUCUGAUGAACCACUUGAGGUUGUAAACUUCACCAGAACAUCCACCGGAGAGAGUUUUGAGGUAACUCUUUCAGGCACAGCUCCACAAAAUUUCCCUCCUAACAGAAUCACAGAUCUGAGUGCUGAGAUCCAGGAGGACACUGUGCUUCUCAGCUGGACAGCUCCUGGUGAAGACCUCGACCAAGGGACAGCUAAAUCCUAUGAGAUCAGGUGGAGCUUUGGUCUUAAAAUGCUUCGAUUCAACUUCAGCAAUGGUUAUUCAGUCAACACAACUGCUGUCACACCUCAGAAGGCUGGAUCAGUUGAACAGCAUUCAUUCAAUCUCAAUAUCACAAUCCAAAAUGGCACCACACUCUUCUUUGCAGUUCAGACGAAGGACAAACAAAAUGCGAAAUCUGAAACCUCCAACAUUGCUCAAGCUUCAAAGAUCCUCCCUGCUCCAAUAUCUUCAGAAAUGCCAAACUUGACAGUUCUUGUCAUUUCUCUUUGUGUGGUAUUAAUGCUCAUGUGCUUUAUUUUUGCUGUAGUCAUACGUGCAGUUAAAUGCAGAAAACACUCUCCUCAGAGUGAUAUGGCAUUAAUAAUCACAGAUUAAUAUCAAAUCAAUUAUCAUGUCUUAAAACAAUAAAAUCUAAUCAAACAUAAUUUCUUAGUUUCUGAAUAUUUCUGCAGCAUGUGUAAUCUUGCACAGAUUAUUAAGAAGGAUUUCUGUUUUGUCUGUCACGUACAAUUGUCCUCUGUAAUACUAAACAAAUCCUGAACUCUCUGUGCCUCAAUUAUUGAUUCUGCUUUCACGCACCCCUGGUGGAAGACGACCAGUUUCUAAUUAGAAAACAGUAACAUUUGUUGAGUUUGCUGAGUUCUGCUCCUGUGUGUGGUUGAAUAACAUUACAUUGUGACCAUGUUACCUGUGAUAUCUAGUGUUGAUUCUCAUAGUUUCAUUUUCUUUCUUUUUUUAUUUUUCAAAAUAAAUAAAAUACUAUUUAUUAAAUGUCCCAGAAAUGUCUCCUUUUUACAGUAUUUUCAAAACUCUUCUAAAAUACACUCCAGUAAGCCACUGCGGUCAAGCCAGCCAUGGUUUGAAAAUACACGGUCAAGAAAAUGCGUUUUCAGAGUGAUUUUUGUUGAUUUUGCCCAGACCUUUGAGAUUCUGUAACAAGAUGUUGUUUUUAGAUUGUUGUUGUACUUCUACAUUGUUAUCCUUUUUA